AUGGCCAGUGUAGGGCUCAAAGUGCUCCUCAAUGCAUUGAAUAAUGAAGCUUCGUGUGCCUAUCAAGUCCCCUUUGCUCUCUCUGUGCUGCAGUCAACCACUCUUGCUGCUGAAGAUGCUUCUCUCCUCUCAAAGUGGCACGCACGACUCUCUGCUCUGCUGCAAUCCAAGAACAACCAUGCUCGCUGGGCUGGUGUCUGCCUAGUCAAGGCAACACUUGAACGUCCCUCUGGUGGCUGGGAGUCUCUCAUCAGUCAUGGUGGUUCUUGGACAAAGCUGCUUCUCACCCUGCUCGAGCGGGAGAAAUUACCUGUCAUCAUCGAGCGAGCCAUCUGUACCUUGUCUGCCAUCUUUGACAUGACACACGACAAGCCUUCUCUUACGAGAGAAAUUACGACGCCAGCUCUGCCCACAUUUUGCACAAUCAUGUGCAAUUUGCUCAACAAGCCUCACCUGGCCAGUCUGAGGAAGCUCAUUCUCCAUCAAAUGCAACAUGUCCUCGUUGCACACCCUACGACAUUCAGACCGUUCGCAGGCAAGCUACAGACUGCUGCACUUGCUGGCAUCAGUGGUGCCAUUAUGGAGCCAGAAUUGGUUCAGCUCAGUGCAAGCUGCUAUGCAUCGCUCCAUCUUUGCGCACCGAAGAACACAGCCGCUGAGCAAUGGUCUGUUGGAUUCCUCGCGACCCUGGGAGAAUGCCAUGUUGUGCUUGACUACCUCCUCCAACACAUUGUCGAAGAAAAGCCAAUCCUUCCGCACCCUCGCGGCUUGGAAAUGCUACCCUUCUCCUCAGACUUUGUCGAGGGCGCACCAGCUGCCUUGCAACGUUUGCAAUCCCUUCUUCAAGUCAUCAAGGCAUUCUUGACACAAGCGACGAAAGAGCUCGUCAACAUCCCUGUUGCACAUCUGGUCCAUUUUUGCAACCGAAUCCUCGACUUGACGCCUCGUUCGGGCAUGCGCGCGUCUGCACCGCAAUCGAGCCAGCUUGUGCUCAUGACAAUGUUACCUGCACUGCAUCUCUCCGCGUUGAGUCUGACCUCCGUCAUGAUUGAUGUGCUUGGUAGACAUCUGACUCCUCAUGUUGCCUCAUAUUACGGCGGUGUCGUCAAUGCCCUGUCAAGCACGCACCUGACAUUACAAACUCAAGCCAUCCAUGUUCACAGUCAAAUCCUACAACAAUACGGACAAAUUGGCGAACCAACAAGCGUGCUGCAAGCAGUCAAGGUAUCGCUUCGAAUCCUAUCAAGCGUUGCUCGAUCAGAAAUCUCGAUUGCAGGCAGCACGGUGAAACCACCACAAGCCAGGAAACGCAAGCAUGGUGGCAAUGAGGGCGCUGAUACUUAUUCCAAUGCAGCAGCAUUCCACACUCUUCCUACAACGCCACGUCUCCUUGCAGCGUGUGGUUGUCUUCAAGCGACAUUUGCAACAACGCAUGGGGUAUUGGCUCCUGCAAUGCGUCAACAGAUUGAACGCAUUGUAUUACAGAUCCUCCUUGCUGAUGCCAUUCUCCUGCCAGCUGAAGUGAUGGUUGCGUUGUUAUUGGUAGUGCGUUCCGCUAUUCAGCAUCCCGCACAUAAUGCAUCGUCCAUUAUUGCUCAUGCUGCCCACGUCGCAGACCGUUUGACAUUCAGUGCUCACAAAGUUGUGCAAGACGCUGCAAUGGCCUUAUCUACCAUCUUGCAGGAUUUAGUACACCCGAGAAUGCCUGCUGUUCGACGCAGGCUUCUUACUGAUGAUGCAGAGGACGAGGACGACGAGGACGAGGAAGCAGAAGCAGCAGACGAUGCGCAGGCACAAAUGGGCGAUGAGCUGACAUUUGAGCAAGUCGCAGACGACUCUCCCGUGCACAUUCAAGAACCAGUCCAGAAAAAGGCGGCAUUUGCAGUUCCCGACAAGAUGGAACCGUAUGUCGCUAUAGAGGCGAGCAAAAACAAGCAAGUCAUGCAAACUGCAACUGCUUCUGAACCUACACCAAAAGCAGAGCCAUCCCAGAAAGCUGAGCCAGCACAGCCAUACAAUUUGGAUGAUGCAGACGACGAUGAUGAGGAGAUGCCAGAGAUCUGUACAGAUAGUGAUACCGAUGAUGAAGCAUAG